GGAACACCACCAUUACACCGUCCACCAUUUCUAUUCCACGUGGAAAACAGUAGAAUUUUGGCUAGGAAUUAAAAACUCCUUUUCUUUUGGAAGUUUCUUGGAAAACAGGUAGACUUUUGUUGUUCGACCAACUUUUGUUUUUAAGAAAAACAGCAACGGAACCGUCAAACUUGUGGAGAUCAACGCAUACAAUCAUAAUCAAUUCAUACAAACUCUUGAUCUACACAAACAUGUCUUAGCUAUGGCGAACCAUGUCAAAUCUAAUCGCCCACGUUAUUUGUUCUUGCUUUCCGGAUUUGGGGGCUCAUUACAAAUGCAAGAUGACAUUAGUUUGGACAACGUUGAAUUAUUGAGAAACUAAAAAUAUUUUGCGCAUCGGGGGGCGAACAGCUCCAAGCCGGUCAAUAUGUAUUACAUUGACAUUUCAAGAUGAUUCCAGGAACAGGUAAAUGCAAGUUGCUUCACCUGUGUUAUUGAAUAGAUCAAGUGAGGCACGUAUCGCACCUGUGCAUCGGAUACAACCGGAGCCAAAUGUGCUCAAAUGUAUUCGAAGAAGCAAAAAAGACAUCAAACAUUUCACUACUCUUCUCGCUGCUCUAAGAUGCACUUUGACAUUUGAGAUGAUACCUACACCACAAAUGACGCUUCCUAAUUUUCAUCUUUAACUAUUUUGAUGUGACCAUGUCGCUGUGAUUCGGAUCUUUAUGUCAGCACACAACCUGCACCAAGUUCUAGGCACAAUCGAAUGCCAUCCACACGGAAGUAGGGGGCGGGUUUACAACACGUAAAAGAGGCAAAUGUGAGUGGGCAUCAGAAGUGGGUUUCGUUUAAGGAGGCGAACCAGUCAAAAGUAGUCGAGCCAGCCACCAACUCUGUCAGUCGAAGGCAUCAACUCGUCCUAAGCGCGUCUGAACAUCACUCCGACGUGAACCACUGUUGUGCAGCCGUUAAAUUUAUCCGUUAAAGAUACAUAUUCCUGAAGUGCCACGUUGAUUCGACGACUUCGCCCACGUUUCAUCACCCACCUUGUCACAGACAGCCCUUUACAAAUUGUAAGGUGAUCGAGACCAACGAACACCCCGAAACAAUGAACGGAUUGCGUUUCCUCUACGUUGUUUUCGGCCUGAUGAUGAUCGUGAAUGUUCAUCAGGCUCGCUCGUAUGGCGAAAUGUCCGACGAAGAAAUCGACGACGAGUGGCUGAACGGUGUCUCGUCAUCUUCGGAAGAAGAUGAUAAUAACAAUAAGGGAUUUGAAUAUUAUUUAAACGCCGUAAAAGGCAUUCAUCAACAGCGAAAGCGGCAAGAAGCCGAACCCUUGGUUGCAAGCCGUAAUAGCGCAUCAACUCCUAUCGCCGUACUUUAUCGCCGAAGCGCGCUGAAUAAGAAUUUCAUCCGGUUCGGACGCAGCGGAAUGAUGAAGACUGCUAGCCGUCAAGUGCAGCCGACACCGCCCAUCAGAUUGAUGGGGUUGAACGAAUCGGAUGGCAAGGAUGAAGAAGAGCAAUUGCCCCAUCCUGCCCGUCCUUCUCGCAGUUUGAGAUCCAAUUUCAUCCGUUUCGGUCGCAGUUUCUUCCCAUCGGCCGCCAGUCGAUCGGGCGCGACCAUUCGUCGUUCCGCUCGCGCUCCUAUUGCCCGUCGCCGCAUGAUGAGCCUUGUCGACCUCCCCACUUCUUUGUCUUCUUCACGUCGUUGAAACCAAACUUCCCCUACCAAAAACAACAAAAUCCACUCGGAAAAAAACAAAAAGCAACCCGUAAAUUCCAAUUGAAUGUAUUUGACUUUUCCGUGCACUAUUUUGCGUUCCCUUUACAAAUGUUGAAUGUGGCUCUCCUUUUUUUUAUCGAUGUUUUUCAUUCUGAACAUCUAAUUGAUUUAAACUUGGUUAAAAUUUCAAUUAGCACCGAAGACACAGCAUCCCCGUAGCCUAUACUGAAAUAUAUGGGCAAGUACUCGACAAAUCGGACACUGCAUCGACAGGAAUCGAAAAGCCAAUUGAUAUUUCACGUAUAGAGGCUACCUAAAUCAAAUACAUUUAAUUGGAAACUAUGAAAGUAGGUGAUUAUUUAAAUUCUGGUCAAGAAAAAACAAAAUGUUUUUAUUUAUGUUGUGCAAUUUGUUUUUAAUGGCCGUGUUACAUUUCAGUCGAUAUAAAUACACCAA